GGUCGUGUUUUGGGUUGCUGUGUAGAUGAGUCGGGAGGAGACUGGGUAGGCUAAUGUUUAAGCAGUUCAGGCACCAGUGGGUUGUUUUCUAGGUAUUGGAGAAUGGUAGAGUUAAGACACAGGCCUUGGAAGGUUUUUUGAUGCCUCAGAGACAGGGUGAAGUAUUACUUAGCGUUUUCUGCAGAUCUCGCGGCUGCACAUGCGGCCAGACUUCCUCCUAUCCGGCGGGCCUCAGGGUUCAACGACCCGGUUUCUUAAUCUCUCAAAAAAGCCAGGGCACACCGCAGAAGGAUGUUAUUAUCAAGUCAGAUGCACCCGACACCCUAUUAGUGGAGAAGCAUGCAGAUUAUAUAGCAUCCUAUGGCUCAAAGAAAGAUGAUUACGAAUACUGUAUGUCUGAAUAUUUGAGAAUGAGUGGCAUCUAUUGGGGUCUGACUGUAAUGGAUCUCAUGGGACAGCUACAUCGCAUGAAUAGAGAAGAAAUUCUGACAUUUAUUAAGUCUUGUCAACACGAGUGUGGUGGAAUAAGUGCUAGUAUUGGACAUGAUCCUCAUCUUUUGUACACUCUUAGUGCUGUCCAGAUUCUUACUCUCUAUGAUAGUAUUAAUGUUAUUGAUGUAAAUAAAGUUGUGGAAUAUGUUCAGAGUCUACAGAAAGAAGAUGGUUCUUUCGCUGGAGAUAUUUGGGGAGAAAUCGACACAAGAUUCUCUUUUUGUGCGGUGGCAACUUUGGCUCUAUUGGGGAAGCUGGAUGCUAUUAAUGUGGAAAAGGCAAUCGAAUUUGUUUUAUCAUGUAUGAACUUUGAUGGUGGAUUUGGUUGCAGGCCAGGUUCUGAAUCCCAUGCUGGGCAGAUCUAUUGUUGCACAGGAUUCCUGGCUAUUACUAGUCAGUUGCAUCGAGUAAAUUCUGAUUUACUUGGUUGGUGGCUUUGUGAACGACAGCUUCCAUCAGGUGGACUCAAUGGAAGGCCAGAGAAGUUACCAGAUGUAUGCUAUUCUUGGUGGGUGUUGGCUUCCCUAAAGAUAAUUGGAAGGCUUCAUUGGAUUGACAGAGAGAAACUGCGCAGUUUCAUUUUAGCAUGUCAAGAUGAAGAAACGGGAGGAUUUGCGGACAGGCCAGGAGAUAUGGUAGAUCCUUUUCAUACUCUGUUUGGAAUUGCUGGAUUGUCACUUUUGGGAGAAGAACAGAUUAAACCUGUUAGCCCUGUUUUUUGCAUGCCUGAAGAAAUACUUCGGAGAGUGAAUGUUCAGCCUGAACUAGUGAGCUAGAUUAGAUCCCUUGAUGCAAAAGUUGCUUAGUGUAGUUACUGUUUUAACAUUUCAGUAUUUGAAGUGCUUAACAAACUUAAUGGCUGCCAUGUUAAUAUUUUGUACAUGAAUUGUGUUGAUUUUAAUAAAUUAUAUAAUUAUACAUAUUGUAAAUUAGAGACCUUUAUUGUAUCUUCAGCUUUCCGUUUUCUUCUGGAAUGCUGUUAUUCUGAGCAUAAUAUUUUGUUUAUGCUUCAAUGUAUUUAUCUUGUUUGUCUCCAUAACAGCAAACUGAGUUGAACUCCAUUUAGCUGAUGAAAUCUUGUGUUCUGAUUUUCCCAUGUACUCCCUUGAUAUGUUAUAUAUAACUAUAGUUAAUAUAAAUUGGUCUUUAUCAAUGAGAAUGUUAACUGAUAAAGAAUUGAUGAACCCCAUAGGAAUUAAAAGAUGAAAAAAUAAAUGGCUGAAAUUUGGGAAUA